AUGCGCCGCGGCCUGCCCGAGCCAGCCACCUUCCUGGAGGCCUAUGCAAAGGACCGCGCCGCGGCCGGCGAGGGCGUCGAGGGCGGCGAGGCCGGGGAGCCUGACGCCAAGCUUGAGAUCAGCGACAAGGCCACGUCCAAGAACCUGGAUGACGCCGCCAGCCAGUCCGGUGCCAGCCAGUCCGAGGUCGAGGAGGAGGUCGAGGCGAAGCAGAAGGGCGUGCUCGCCGUGCUGCACGGCCACAGCCGCUCCAGCGUGCCCGUCUUCCGCCUGCUCAGGAACAACGCCUUUGGCCUGACCUGCAACCUCUUCUUUGGCGCCUGGGUCUGCGGUGCGUUCUUCGUCGCCGUGACCUGGCUGAGCGGCCAGCUGAUCAACACAUACAAGCUGCACCCCAACGUCGCCCUGGCCAUCACCAUCGUCUCCCUCAUCUUCAACACCAUUGGCCUGAGCAUUGCCGGCUACGGCUUUGACCACGGCAUGCGCGCAAUCUCCGCGGGGGCGGUUUGCCUCGUCAUCGGCGUCGGCUCUGGCUUUGGCCUCUACUACUGGGUGGGCACCGGCUCCCUGGCGGCCCUGUGGGUGGCCCCCUCUGUGCUCCACCUCAUCAUCGGUUUCUACAUGGCUCUCUAUGUCCUGCCCAUGACCAGGAUCUACCACCCCCUCGAGCGCACCACCGGCUUUGGGUUCGGCUACGCUGCCGGCUAUGGAAUCCUGGGCGGAAUCUCCCCUCUGGUGGUCACGGCCUUCAAGGCCGGACUCAGCGCCGAAGCCGCCAACCUGGCGCCCGCUUUCUGGCUGCUGCUGCUGGGUGGCGGCUCCGCCAUCGGCAUUGUGCUCCUCAAGCUGUACCUCCCCCGCCUGGACGCCCCUUACAUCAGCCGCAUCCGCUAA